AUGAAGAAACAUCCAGCACUUAGUCCAACAACUAUUCUCACGACAACCCUUCCCCGCCCUUCCAGUCCUCCUUUCUCUCAUAGAAACAUCCAACACUCACUUCAACAAGCAUCCUCACGACAACCCUUCCCCACUCUUCCCGUCCUUCUUUCUCUCAUAGAAACAUCCAGCACUCACUCCAACAAGCAUCCUCACGACAACCCUUCCCCACCCUCCCCGUCCUCCUUUCUCUCACAGAAAUAUCCAGCACUCACUUCAACAAGCAUCCUCACGACAACCCUUCCCCACCCUAGCCGUCCUCCUUCUCUUACAGAAACAUCCAGCACUCACUCCAACAAGCAUCCUCACGACAACCCUUCCCCACCCUCCCCGUCCUCCCCGUCCUCCUUUCUCUCACAGAAACAUCCAGCACUCACUCCAACAAGCAUCCUCACGACAACCCUUCCCCACCCUCCCCGUCCUCCUUUCUCUCACAGAAACAUCCAGCACUCACUCCAACAAGCAUCCUCACGACAACCCUUCCCCACCCUCCCCGUCCUCCUUUCUCUCACAGAAACAUCCAGCACUCACUCCAACAAGCAUCCUCACGACAACCCUUCCCCACCCUCCCCGUCCUCCUUUCUCUCACAGAAACAUCCAGCACUCACUUCAACAAGCAUCCUCACGACAACCCUUCCCCACCCUAGCCGUCCUCCUUCUCUUACAGAAACAUCCAGCACUCACUCCAACAAGCAUCCUCACGACAACCCUUCCCCACCCUCCCCGUCCUCCUUUCUCUCACAGAAACAUCCAGCACUCACUCCAACAAGCAUCCUCACGACAACCCUUCCCCACCCUAGCCGUCCUCCUUCUCUUACAGAAACAUCCAGCACUCACUCCAACAAGCAUCCUCACGACAACCCUUCCCCACCCUCCCCGUCCUCCUUUCUCUCACAGAAACAUCCAGCACUCACUCCAACAAGCAUCCUCACGACAACCCUUCCCCACCCUAGCCGUCCUCCUUCUCUUACAGAAACAUCCAGCACUCACUCCAACAAGCAUCCUCACGACAACCCUUCCCCACCCUCCCCGUCCUCCUUUCUCUCACAGAAACAUCCAGCACUCACUCCAACAAGCAUCCUCACGACAACCCUUCCCCACCCUAGCCGUCCUCCUUCUCUUACAGAAACAUCCAGCACUCACUCCAACAAGCAUCCUCACGACAACCCUUCCCCACCCUCCCCGUCCUCCUUUCUCUCACAGAAACAUCCAGCACUCACUCCAACAAGCAUCCUCACGACAACCCUUCCCCACCCUCCCCGUCCUCCUUUCUCUCACAGAAACAUCCAGCACUCACUCCAACAAGCAUCCUCACGACAACCCUUCCCCACCCUCCCCGUCCUCCUUUCUCUCACAGAAACAUCCAGCACUCACUCCAACAAGCAUCCUCACGACAACCCUUCCCCACCCUCCCCGUCCUCCUUUCUCUCACAGAAACAUCCAGCACUCACUCCAACAAGCAUCCUCACGACAACCCUUCCCCACCCUAGCCGUCCUCCUUCUCUUACAGAAACAUCCAGCACUCACUCCAACAAGCAUCCUCACGACAACCCUUCCCCACCCUCCCCGUCCUCCUUUCUCUCACAGAAACAUCCAGCACUCACUCCAACAAGCAUCCUCACGACAACCCUUCCCCACCCUCCCCGUCCUCCUUUCUCUCACAGAAACAUCCAGCACUCACUCCAACAAGCAUCCUCACGACAACCCUUCCCCACCCUCCCCGUCCUCCUUUCUCUCACAGAAACAUCCAGCACUCACUCCAACAAGCAUCCUCACGACAACCCUUCCCCACCCUCCCCGUCCUCCUUUCUCUCACAGAAACAUCCAGCACUCACUCCAACAAGCAUCCUCACGACAACCCUUCCCCACCCUCCCCGUCCUCCUUUCUCUCACAGAAACAUCCAGCACUCACUCCAACAAGCAUCCUCACGACAACCCUUCCCCACCCUCCCCGUCCUCCUUUCUCUCACAGAAACAUCCAGCACUCACUCCAACAAGCAUCCUCACGACAACCCUUCCCCACCCUAG